ACAUAGUGUAAUCUUUUUUCUAACUAAAAAUUAAAUAUUUUAUUCUUAGGUGUGGGCUAGUAGCUUUAGCUAUGGCUGCUCAAUCUUGUGGAAUUAAAGUUGACACAGAUUCUAUAUUUCAACAGGCUAAGCAAAUGGGGAUUACCAAAAAGGGUGAACUAUUCAGCUCAUCUGCAGUUUGUGCACUUGCAAAUCAAAUGAAUAUCAAUUCUGUAUUGCUAAAUAACGGUUUCAGUAAUAUUCAACUGUUACUUAGAUAUUUUAUAUCAGGCAAAUUACUGCUUGUUCCAUAUGAUGCUGAUUGUAACCAUGCCCCAUGCCUUAAGAAAGGCCACAAAGCACACUGGGCAUUGUUAGUUGGGGUUUUCUUUGAAUUUGAGAAUAACCUGAAUUUGCACACAGAAUUUUGUUGCAAAAGAGAAAUUCUCGGCGAAGAUUUAUAUCGGAUUUCGGACUUGUCCGCUAAUUGUGAUCUACUAAGUCAAGUGAAGAAAGAAAACAUAUACUUUUUGGCUAAACAUGGAAAAAGUAAGAGAUUGGCCAUCUGGAACUGUGAAAGUUUACAGCUCAGUAAUAAUAACCUAGAAGAGGUUGACCCAAAGCGCUCUAAUAGUAUAGAAUAUGUCCUCCCACCUAAUAAUAAAUUGUCAGAUUUGUGUGGCAAAAUAAUUGUUUUAGGAUAAAUAAUCAUGCUAUUUUAAAGUCAUAUCGAAACCCUUAUACACCAUAUUGUAAUUAGCAUAAAACUUAAAAUACAUGGAAGAAAAGCGAUAUGUUGUGAAUACGGCAUGUUCCAUCUUCUUUGAGUUUAUAUUUCACUUAAGGGUGUAGGGUGACAGUCCGUGUAACUUCAGUAUUUCAUUAUCAUUCAAUAUGCGCUGCUUGCCACAGUAUAAGAACAAGACUGUUCAUUUGUACCAAUAAAUAAUAAUAUUAUUAAAAUUCUUUAAACCUAUAUACCACAAGCAUUGAUUUUCGAAAGUGGCGAAUCGUGAUGAUGCAUUAACUUGUGGGCCAAAUCCGGAAAGCUCAUUCAAAAGCGUUCGCGUGGUUAACUAAAGGAGCUCAAAAUUGCGUAUGUUUUAUCCCUUCCCUUCCAAUUAAAUGCCCGCGGAUAUUUACCGAAGCGCACAGGUGAUAGUGAUGUAGUAUGGUGUCAAAGAUACCACUGACCAGUAUCUUCUAUCUUGGUUAGUGUAACAGGUUGCUGUACAUGCACUCCAAACUCUAUUAUUUCAUAAAUCGUCAUUUUUAUCUUAAACUUUUUUCGUUUGGCUUAAUAUUUGUGGACGAUUACCUACAGUUCAAAUCAUUAUUUACAUCACGAUCCAAAUCAUUGUUUGUGUUUUUCAGAACUGCAAAAAAUAUGGGAUUUCAGUCGCUCUGUUUAUGGCCUGCCAUAUUUCUGGCCCUAGGGUUGCUAUUUAGUUGGAGUUCAGGAGCGACCCUCUGCGGUAAAUGGACAUUUGAAGAACAUAAAAUCUCUUCCGUGAAAUUGUGCCAAGAAUCUAUCCCAAAGGUUUCCAAAAGCAACGAUAAACUACUAAGCACACAAAUUUCUGAAGAGCCCUAUUAUAUGUCAACUCCUCAACCACCAACGAAACAACGAGAGUUACCGAAAAAUCCUUACAUGGAUUAUGAAGAUUAUUACACGCGAUCGUAAUGACUUUCGUGGCACUGGGGUGUAAAAAGUUAAAUAUAAAUACACAUUUUGUUAGAUUCA